AAAGAUAAGUUUCAUCUGGUCUCGUCCUUGUAUAAAUAAUGAUAAUCAUUUUUUUUUAGAAACAGUCUAAGUAACUGUUUGAGAGAAUAUGUGUAAGAUGAGUAAUAUUCGUACCGUCUAUGUCUGUCUCUAUUUUCUUUUUUGGUUUCUUCGAAGAAGAAAAAUGUUAUUCACCCUCGUGCGUAAAAAUCGUAAAAAUCGUAAAAAUGCGUAAUUAAAUAACCGAGCAAAAUUUAUAUCACAAAGAAAAAGAACUUUCUAUGUAAAGAUCAUUGAAAAAAAGAAAGGACCGGACGAGGAAAGCGAAAGUCGAUGAGAUAAAUUGAGGGAAUACGAUGGAUUCGAUCAAUUCCUCGUGCGUUAAUCGCGUGUAACAAGGUUGUCAUUAGCGGAGCUCUCGGUGCUUUUCUGCAUGCCUGACUUUUGGCAUAAUUGUCGACUAUCGCGAAAUCAUGCAACCUGCUCGUUAUCAAUUUUACGGGAGCUUGAAGAAUCAAAUUUCCUUUGCAUUCUUUGACUCGAAAACGAUAACGUGCAUAUUGUUAAAUAUUAUAAUAAUAAUUAAACUUUAAAUGCAUAGUAUAUAAUAUGUCGUUAUAAAGUUACUUGGUUAUAAAUAAUAUAUAACGUAUCUAUAAUAUCAAAAAAUAAGGAGGAAGAGAAGAAAGGAGUGAAGGCGAAGGAAAGAGGUGAAAUCGGAAUGCACAUCGAAUGGUAACAUCAGGCUGUUAUUUUUUCAUAACAGCCAAGCUGUUUACAAGGCAUGCGACAAGCGUGUCGGUCUACUGCAUUUCGAGUCCUCUUCUUCCUUCUCGCGUCUGAUCGCGAGACCUAGAUAACUAUCUCGGACUAGCCGCUAUAUUUCAAAGAUAUACAAGCGAACCACUGUUUACCGUGCGCGCAGGCUCUCGCUACAAUAAAAGGAGCGGCUACGAGCAAGAUCAACGAACUAUCGAGCUUAUCGCCCUGGUGGCUAUCUCUUCUACGCUUUUUCUUUUUUUACACACGAGAGAGCUUCACUCGCGUCUUCGAAAAAUGGAGGUACGUUUGCAGCCGGCCGAGGAUGAGCUUUUCUCGGGUAAACAACUUUUUUCUGAAGGAGUUCAAACGGAAUCUACACAGAGCGGGAACGAUCAUUAUUCGAGCUUACAGCACGUUAGAGAGAAGUACGAAGAAGCGGACCUUCUCGAUGUCGAUGGGCUGAACAACACAAAGGAAGCUGAGAGAUUGGUGCUUUUCUUUAAUCGUGUACCGAAAGUUGGUUCCCAGACGUUCAUGGAACUAUUAAGAAGGCUUUCCAUGAGGAACGGCUUUUCCUUCAAUAGAGAUCGCGUUCAAAAAGUCGAAACGAUACGUCUCAUCCCGAUCGAACAGCUUCAACUUGCCAGAGUGGUUAGCAGUUUUCCCGAACCAUCGGUCUAUGUGAAACACGUGUGCUUCACGAAUUUUACCAAAUUCAAUUUACCGAAACCAAUUUACAUAAACGUAGUUCGAGAUCCAAUUGAAAGAGUUAUAUCUUGGUAUUACUACGUUAGAGCACCCUGGUAUUACGUCGAGAGAAAGCAAAUUUUCCCCGAUUUACCCUUACCCGAUCCGAAUUGGCUGAAGAAAGACUUCGAGACGUGUGUAUUGAAGGAGGACCGCGAAUGUCACUAUCUGGAGGGAGAAAUACACGAAGGUAUUGGUGAUCAUCGUAGACAGACACUUUUCUUUUGCGGACACAGCGAAAAGUGCACUCCUUUCAACACGGUGGGAGCCUUAGAACGUGCCAAGCUUGCAGUCGAGAAACAUUAUGCGGUCGUUGGUGUCCUCGAAGAUGUGAACACUACCCUUACUGUUCUGGAGAAUUACAUACCUCGAUUUUUCCGAGGUGCCACUCAAGUCUAUCACGAUCAAACGAACGCUUUCACAAGUAUCAACCGAAAUUUUUUCAAGCCAUCGGUGAGUGAAGAAGUAAAGGAUAUCGUUCGUAGAAAUUUUACUCGUGAGAUCGAAUUUUAUCAGUUUUGCAAGCAACGACUGUACAGACAAUUGAGAGCGUUAAAAUUGACCAACACUGAUUUCACAAUGAAUAAUCGUUUGUAAGGAAGAGAACAAAAUUAUUCUUUCUCUUUGCUUUUGAUAAAUUUUCUCACUGAAAAGGGAUAACAACAGGUUCGAUUUAGUUUCUUUCUUUGUUUUUAAGAAAAGACACACAAACGACCAACAACUGGUCAUAAAUCAGAAAUGAUAUUUACGAAUGCUAGCCAUAUACGUAAAUACUUUUGUUUUUUCUUUUUUUUUUCUUUUUUUUUUAUAAUACAUAUGUAUAUAACUACUUUUCUGUUCCAUGGUUAUAUCUCGUUGUCGUUUUACUUACAACUUGUCUCGUUCGAUUUGUCCAACUUUUCACUUCUUUCGAAUCUCGAAUAUUUUCGAGUCGUGAAUAUGGUUGUGCAAAUGUGUGUGUGUGCGUGUGUGUGGAUCAAGUAAUACAUAUUUAUUAGAACUUGCCGUAAGAGUUCGUGAAAGGCUUGCUUGAUACCUCGAUUUCCAUUAGAACGAUCUCGACAAGAAUUCGCUUGAUUUGUUAUCGUAUAAAUCUUAUUGUUAGAAAAUGUUUCCUAGUUGACACCUUCACCGACCACAAAAAUUUUUUAUGGUGAAUUUGUCAAAGACUGACAAAGAAGAAUUAUCGUAAUCAGCAAUUAGUUGAAAGUUUCAAAACUUUACAGGGUAACUUUUGAUGAUUUAUUGAGAAAUGAUGAUUAUAAACGACAUUUGUACUAUUACUAA